AUGAUCAGAGAAAAGGAGAAUGGCUGUCAGAAGAUUAGAAAAGAGGAGGCUAAAGAUUCAAGGGCUCACGAAAGGAAGAUUGCAGAGGGGAAGCCAAAUAAGAAUGGAAAACCAGUCAGAACAUUCCAUACCAGCGAUUCCUUUCAGGAUAAAGACUUCCUGUGCUUCCAAGGGGAUCUAGGUUCUGCUUCACUGUUGGGGAUAUGGACCAAACUCUGCAAAUCAGACCCACGCAUUGCCCUUGGAAAAUAUUCUCCCUUGGAGAAAGAGCUCCUACGUCUAGGUGGCACUCACACUGUAGCAGCAAGAAGGUUUCUGAAUUAUAAGCAAGAAGAAGAAUGGAAAAUGCUCAAGGAACUGCAGUUGCUGUCUCCAGACUACAAACAGGCAAUGGCAUAUAAAAAACAACACUCUAUUCCUUGUACCGCUUGUGGGCCCCUAGAAAAAAUAUGGACGGCAAAGGUGAUUGUACCCCCAGAGGAGUUCAAAAUGCCACAACGGGAGAGGCUCAACAUCAGCAAACACAUAGAACGGAUGCAGUUUGCUCGAGCUCUGAGAAAUAAGCAGCUUUUACCCUACAUUGAAAGGUACAGGAGUUCUUCAUUUCUGUCUGGAGGGGGCCUGGGCCCAACGGCAAAAGACAAGGCCGGAAGAGAUGAGGACGACGCUGACAGUGAUGGCUGUGAUGAUGCCAAGCCAGAGGAGAGAGACGAGGCAGAGAACAAAACUACAAAAAGACAAGAAAUAAAAAUGGAUGUAAUUUUCAAGUCAGAAGAACCAAAGAAACAUCUAACAUACCAUGGAAAUGAUCGGAAACCAUUCUUCCCCACAAAGAAAGUGGAACGGUCCAUCACUGGCUUAACCAACCGAAAUCUUUUCCACUUAGCCGAAUUCCCUGGAGACCUAAUGCUAAUGAAUCAGGAUUUUAUAUCACGGGGAGGCCACUCCAGUGGUGCCAUGAAGGCCAACCGCCUGGAAGAAGACAGUGUCUGGAAAGAGCACAUGUGCAAAGCUGCUUGUCACCGUUAUUAA